AUGGCCGCUCUUGCUGAACUUCCAAAGCUUCCGGAGGAGAUUUCCGACUCCUUGAUCUCUAAGGGAAAGGUCCGUCCGAUGUAAAUUACAUCGAUAUCAAAAAAAUUUUUUUCCGAACUUAAAUCUUCAGCAAAAAAAUUUAAUAUUUUUUUCAAUCAAAAAGUUUUUCUGGUCAUUUUAAUGAAAAUCCUUAGUAAAGCAACUUCUUUUUCUGAAAUACAGCUCUCAGAAAAUCCAUAUAGAGCAGAUAAAACAGUACAUGAUCUUCCAGUUUCAGGAGCUCCGUAAAGUUGAAACAAGCGAGAAGAACGUCCUUCCUACUAAAGAAGGUCAGAAUAACCCUUUCUCCCUUUUUGGAUUAUGGAAAUUGGUUCAGAUGUCGAAGAAGAGAAGAAGCAUGUCGAAAUGAUCACUGGAAUCGAAAAGUUCGACAACUCCCAGUUGAAGACCAUCGAGACGGCUGAAAAGGUCGUUCUCCCGACUUCCGAAGACAUCAAGGCUGAGCGUCAGCACUUGGAGCUCACCAAGAACAUCGAGAGCUUCACUCCAGAAAAGCUGAAACACACUGAGACUCAUGAGAAGGUUAAAAUGAAGUCCGAAACUGGACCAAUCCAACGUUUCAGAACAUGCUGCCUUCAAAGACCGACAUCGCCCGCGAAAAGACUCUUGACCUGACUACUUCCUUCGACAAGACGACCCUCAAGCACGUCGAGCCAAUCAUCAAAACCCAAGUCGAAGGUUUGAUGACUAAUUAAUUAUCCUUUGGAAAAUGAUAUUUUUACAGUGAUCGACGCAUAA